UAAAGCAUGAGUGAAAAAGCAGCAGUGGUGAAUAGAAGGCUUUGGCAAUAGCAAAACUUGUGAAUUAAUAAGUUAGUCGUGCUUUAAGAGACCUAUAUAACAAGUAAUUCUGAUAUUUACGGUGUCAACCUGUCGGUCUGCUUAUAGAGUCAGAGAUUCAUUAAUACAUUGCUGUGGAGUAGCUUUAACAAAACAAUUAUUAACGAAACAAUAUUGACACAUUCAGUCAGAUAUGGCAAUAACAGCAGAUCAGAUCCGGGAUAAACUUAUUAAAGAGCUUGCUGCAGUGCAUGUGGACGUGGAGGAUACAUCACCCAACAGAUGUGCUGCCAGCUUUAAGGUCAUCGUGGUAUCGGCCCAGUUUGAGGGUAAACCUCUUUUACAACGACACAGGAUGGUGAACACGUGUCUGGCUGAGGAGCUGAAAGAGAUCCACGCCUUUGAACAGAAGACUCUCACGCCGGAGCAGUGGGACAAACAGAAGACACAGUGACACGUGGACACGCCCAUCACAUUCCCAUCACACUGGUCCUUCUACUUUCAACAGGCCUGGUCACUUCUCUGACACGGGAAAUGCAGUCGAGUGUCUCAACUUGUCAUUGAAUCUGUAUUGAUUAAAGUCAAACAUU